CAUGUGCAAUUUAUUGUCAAUCAGUGUUGCUUCCUAAGUGGACAGUUUGAUUUCACAGAAGUGUGAUUGACUUGGAGUUAAAUUGUGUUGUUUAAGUGUUCCCUUUAUUUUUUUGAGCAGUGUAUAAUGGACAAUCGAGCUAGGGGGUACAAUAUCACAUUACAAUUACACAAUGACCUUAAGGGACAUACAUACACUUACAAUUCUAACAGCUUUUUUGUUAGUAGAGUAUUUAAUAGUCUUAAAAUACAGUUCAAUUUCUUUUUGUAGGGUAAGAAAAUGUGUUUUUUUGUUAGUAAAUUUACAUUUGUGUAUAUGAAAUUUGGCCAAAAGAAUAAUGAAAUUAAUUACAUAAAAAUGUUUCAGCUUAUUUUUAUCGUAUGUAAAGAAUCCAAGCAGUACAUCUCUCCACAAUAGUGUAAAAUCUUCAUAAAUGUGUUCAAUUAUAAAUCUACUGAUGUCUUGCCACAGUUUUCUUACAUGUAUACAAUGCCAAAAAAAGAUCCAACACUGUUUCUGGGUGGUCAUUACAAAAGGAGCAAUUUGAGUUGAUGUUUUCCUUAAACUUCUUCAUAUAGUGGUUGGCAGGAUAAUAUUUAUGAAUAAUUUUAAAGGAAACCUGCUUAAUUUUGUUAACAAGUAGAUAUGUGUGUGGCAACAUCCAAACUUUUUUCCAACAGAUAUGAUCAAUACAUCCAUUCCAAUAACGGUGACUUGAAAUGAGCAUGGCAUCUGUUUGUUCCGUCAGAGGCUACAUCAGUGAAAAUGCGCAAAUCUGAUAUGGGUAAAAUGUAAAACUCAGUGUGGACAGUCAGUAAAAAAAUAUCACACAUAGAAAGAAAAUCAGAUGUUUGGUUCUUAGGGUAGUUGUGUAACUAGGGAGGCGUUUGAAUGGCUACUUCAACACAGCUGUUGCGAAACGAGAUACCGGGCGGAUUCGAUUAUGCUGAGCCGCGGGGCACCGGUCUAUGGCAGUAAUCUGCACAGCUCGAUCAUGUCCACAAUGCAGCAUUUUGCAUCAUCUAGAAACAUACAUCCCUUUUCCAUUAAAUAUAUGUUCUAAUUUUCGGAAGGCAGAUUAAGCGUUUUUUCAAAAGCAAUCACUUUUGCAUGUGCAAACACAGAAUCCCACUCUUACCUCCACGUGCUAAAUACGUCACUUUUUGUUUUGAGCCGAUAUAGUCAUGGGUUUUGAACAGGGCACCUGGCUCAGCCCGGUUCCAAAGGAAUGCAAUCAACUUUCUCCCGGUGGAAAACACGCUUACCCGGGCCAGAUUAAUCGAAUCGCCUCAUUGGUCUAGAGGUAUGUUCGUUUCAUAGUAGGUCCAUACUCGUUUGAAAGACUUUGGUGCAGCCUGCUAACACUAAACUCGUGAGUUGCGUCAACCAGGCUACCAGUCUUCAUAUAUAAUAUAGGCAACGUUUUGCCAUGCGCUUUGUAUGAAAUGCCGCGGAAAGAACGGUGCAAGAACCGGGAAACAUAAUCCACUAAUCGUCAGUCACCAGUUGUGGACAUUAUCUGACACAUGCCAAUAAUUCUCUAGCCAGGGAGUUGAAAGAAGGCAGUGUGAGUCCAAGCAGGUGUCGCUGGGUAGGCUAACACAAGACGGCCCAGACAAGGUUUCUCAGGUUUGAUUAACCAAGAGGACACUUGGAAACAUGUCGGAGAAACGCCGGUCGCGAUGGUAUUUCGGUGGACUAUCCUCAAGUGCUGCUGCCUGUAUUACACACCCCUUAGAUCUGAUCAAGGUGCACCUCCAGACACAGCACGAGGUGAGGAUGAGGAUGAUGGGAAUGACCAUGAGUGUGGUGCAGAGAGAAGGUGUUCUGGCUCUCUACAGCGGCCUCAGCGCCUCCCUCUGCAGACAGAUGACAUAUUCUCUGUCCCGCUUCGCCAUCUAUGAGACAGUGAGUGAUCAGAUGAAGGACAGGACCCAUGGUUCUAUGCCCUUCUACCAGAAGGUCCUUCUGGGGUUGGUUGGAGGAUUUGCAGGUGGAUUCAUUGGGACCCCAGCAGACAUGGUUAAUGUCAGAAUGCAGAAUGACGUUAAAGUACCACUAGAACUCAGGAGAAAUUAUGCUCAUGCACUGGAUGGACUGUUCCGCGUAUGGAAAGAGGAGGGAAUGAAGAAGCUGUUCUCUGGAGCCACAAUGGCAUCCUCUAGAGGAGCACUGGUCACUGUUGGACAGCUGGCCUGUUAUGAUCAGGCCAAGCAGCUGGUUCUGGGGACUGGAGCCAUGCAAGACAACAUUCUAACACACUUCCUGGCCAGCCUCAUCGCAGGAGGUUGUGCCACUGUCCUGUGCCAACCACUGGAUGUCUUGAAGACCAGGCUGAUGAACUCAAAAGGGGAAUAUGUGGGGCUGCUACACUGUGUGAGAGAUACAGCUAAACUGGGACCCAAUGCCUUCUACAAGGGUUUGGUUCCAGCAGGGAUCCGUCUCAUCCCUCACACAGUUCUCAUUUUCAUCUUCCUAGAGCAGCUCAGAACCUGCUGCGGCAUCAGGAUCGUCACCUGAGAGGGGUCAGGGGUCACCACCUGAUUACCUAUUUAUUGAGUAGUCUGAAAUGUGACCUCUGUGUCAGGACUGCCAGGCCACACCCACUCCCUUUGUUCCCUGUUCUGUUCUACGUGAGCAGGAAACUUUAAUCCACCUGCAACCUCCCCCAUCCUAAACCCCACCAUCUGGAUACAGCCUAGUGACUGACUGGGGGGGGGGGGGUUCUGGAUACAGACUAGUGACUGACUGAAGGGGGGGUUCUGGAUACAGACUAGUGACUGGACUGACUGAAGGGGGUU